AUGAGAACACUCACCGUCCUCCUCGCUGCCCUUCUCUUGCUGACCUUCCAGGCCCAGGCUGAUCCUCUCCCAGGAGCAGCUGAGGAGACCCCAGAUGAGGAGCAGCCAGGUGACGAGGACCAGGAUAUGGACAUCUCCUUUGGAGAUCCUGAAAGCUCUGCCCUUCAACAUAGAA